AUGCUCGUCACUGGCGUCAUCCUGAUCCCGACCGCCAUCGCCACACCCGCCGCGGUGCAGGACCUUACCGAUAUGCGCAGUGUCGUCGAUGCAGCAGCAAGUGCUAUCGGAAAUCCGAAUAACCCCAAUCGAGGCUUUGGCUUCAACCUCUUCGGUGGCAGCGAUCAGAUGGGUACUGCCGACCUCGUCAACAACAUCACCAACACUAUCCUGCGAGGAAAGUUCCAACUAGACACGAACAGAACAUCAUGGCUCCUGCCCAGCAACUCGACCCUCAACGGCACCCUACCCACCUCCAGUGUGCCCACACUCGCAACGCCCACGCUCCCCCUAACAGCCAGCCUCGCCCUGCCAACCAGCAUCCCCACCACCACACCCACGCUCGACAACCUCACCAUCGACCUCACAUCCCCCUACAUGGAAUACGUGCAAUCCAUGCCCAACCUAGCCAACAGUCUGAUAACCCUCGGCCGGUCCUACCACCGCGAAAUGAACAGCCCCGUCAACGAAGCCGUAGCCGGUCUCCAGCAAAGCCUCACUACCUUCCAGACUGCACUGCUCGAAAGCGAGCUCAUCAGCGCUCAGGCUGUUAUACGCACCAUACGUGCGAGUAGUAGUCUGGAGAGUGCGGCAACGGCUUGGAGUCGCUUUCUUAAUCUACCCGGUGGUGGUGGUGAUGACGACGAUGAUGGUGACGCGGGACCUGUCUCUCCGUCGGUGCCCGCCGUGCCGGGAGUGGGAGGUCGGAGUGUCUUGGCCAGAGCAGAGGCGAAGAGGCCGCCGCCUGGGAAUGGAAGGUUCUAUAGCCACUUUGAGUUGUGGAAUCGGUCGGAGCCUAGGCCGAGGGUGUCGACGGUGGACAAGUUCUCGCCGCAUGAUCUGGUUGUGCAGGCUGAGGAGAAGCGUGUGAGUACUACUGCUGCGGAGAAGGCGAGAGUGGGAAGGCCUUUUGUUGUUUGA